AAUGUCACAUCGAUUCACCCACACAUACAUACUGUGAUAAUUACAAGUCUGACUAUUUACAUGAGAAAUUUGUUCAAAUUUUGGUUGAUUUUUGUAUACCAUAAGUUUGCCUGCUCGUGAGCCAUGGAGGGCGAGAGAUUUGAUGCCACUCGAGAUACACUGGAGCCAAACUCACUGAAGCCAGACACCACGCUAGAGCUGGAAAUUGAGGAGUGUAACAACAGCAGCGUGGACGAUACACCGCCUGCUAUGAUCAUCGUCGAAACAUGCAUCAACUCUGCGGUCGACAGUCGCAUGCCAAUCGCGCUGCAAGCAGCCACAAAACAGGCAGAUGCAAUCGAGACUGUCGAACAGGAGGCUGGCUGCUCCAUUACACUGGGUCUCAAGCCCAAUGUGCAGUUCAUGCGCUUGCCACAAAGUGCGGCCACUACCCAAGGCGAGCAGCAAUUGUCCAGCACUGAGGCAGCUCUGGCCGCAGCAAAUAUCUCGUGUGCGACCGAAAUCUUUGCUGGCAACAGCAAAAGUUAUGUGACAGCGGAGUUGGAGAAGCUUCAAUUGCAGCAGCAGCAUCGUCGCUCGGUUGCUGAUGGCGCCACACAGUGCAACAACCUCAACAACCUGGACUAUGAGGCGUCCAAUUCGAGCGGUUCGGUGCCAUCGAUUGGCUCGCUCGUCUGUCGCAUUUGCCACAAUGCGGAUAAUCCCGAACUACUGGUGUCGCCGUGUUUGUGCAAAGGCUCGCUGUCAUAUGUGCACGUGCAUUGCCUGGAGCGCUGGAUUAGCACAUCGCGUUGCACGAUCUGUGAACUGUGCCAGUUUCAUUACAACACGGAGCAGACAUUGCGAUACACCUGCUUGCAAUCGCUGCGUUUGUGGUACUCACGUGCGAUGAGUCGUCGGGCGUUGCAGGAGGAUUGCCAGAUGUUCUCGCUGCUGACACUGGUGGCAUUUGGCAUUAUUGGCACAUUGCUGGUGGGCAUUCAGUACUAUGCGCUCAACACACAGUCCUGGGGUGUCAGCAAGCUCUGGACCAAGUCCUGGAUGCUCUUCUUUCUGCUGAUGACGAUUGUGGUUUAUUUUGCCAAUGUUUACAUGCUGGUCAAAUCGCAACUGACGCCCUGGUAUCGCUGGUGGCAAUCGGCGCGUGACAUUAAGCUCAUCUUGGAGAACAAGCGACCUUUUCCCAAUCCCAAUCGUGUGCAGCCCUUGAUUGUGGAUGCGGCCUCGGUGUCCGCCUCCAUGUUCACCCACCAUGAUCAGCAGGACGUGCAUCCGCGCUCCUCACAGCCCACCUUUGUCACGCCCACCUCCAGUGCCAACUCAAGUGUCACCUCGUUGCCGCCGCCUCCGCCUCCGCUGCCAGCUUCAACUGCAGCCAAGUCAGCCCUGACCCAAGCGCUACCCGAGGCGGCCAUUGAGCUGGCGAUGCUGUGCAGCAGUCCCCAGAGUCCCGAAGAUUGCGCUACGCUGACGUCUGACGGAGAUGCUGAGGCUGCUGCUGCUGAGGGGGAGCAGCUCAAGCAGGCGACAGAAAACAGCCAGGAGGAGGACAGCCUCAAGGCCGAGGGCAAUGGCGACUAGAAGCGCGGGGUUGAGUUCAGUUGAGUUCAGUUUUGUAAUUAAGACUCAAGGGCAAGGCUCUCGCUCUGACGUUCAUUUUGAGUGUCCUUUAUUUAAUAUUGUUUUGCCAAUGCUUUUAAUGAACUCUUCUUACCAAGAGAAA